AUGGCGAGUUCAGGGACAUCACAAAUCGUUACUGAAGACCAAAGAAGACAGAAAGCUCUAGAAGAUUACAGAAAGAAGUUAAUUGAACACAAAGAGCUGGAUGCCAAACUAAAGAAAAUGCGUGAAGAAUUGAGAGAACUUUCUAAAGAUUUUGAUAAAAGUGAAGAGGAUUUAAAGUCUUUACAGAGUGGAGUAGGUCAAAUUGUUGGUGAAGUCCUUCGACAACUUACAGAAGAGAAAUUUAUUGUAAAGGCUUCUAAUGGACCUCGUUAUGUUGUGGGCUGUCGUCGUCAGGUUGAUAAAAGCAAGCUAAAACAAGGAUCUCGUGUAGCUCUAGAUAUGACCACAUUGACCAUUAUGCGGCAGUUACCUCGUGAAGUAGAUCCUCUGGUUUAUAAUAUGACAGCAGAGGAUCCUGGUGAUGUCUCAUAUGCAUCUGUGGGUGGACUCAGUGAACAGAUACGAGAACUAAGAGAGGUUAUUGAGUUACCUUUAAUGAAUCCUGAAUUGUUUCAACGAGUAGGGAUUAACUCUCCUAAAGGUUGUCUUCUCUAUGGACCACCUGGGACAGGAAAGACUUUGUUAGCUCGUGCAGUAGCUAAGCAGUUAGACGCUAAUUUUUUGAAGGUGGUAUCUAGUGCUAUUGUUGAUAAAUACAUUGGAGAGAGUGCUCGUCUUAUAAGAGAAAUGUUUGCUUAUGCAAAAGACCAUCAACCUUGUAUUAUAUUUAUGGAUGAAAUUGAUGCCAUUGGAGGUAAACGGUUUUCUGAGGGAACAUCUGCUGAUCGUGAAAUUCAGAGAACUUUGAUGGAAUUAUUGAAUCAAAUGGAUGGCUUUGAUACUCUUGGACAGGUUAAAAUGAUAAUGGCAACUAAUAGACCUGAUGUCCUUGACCCCGCCCUCCUUCGACCUGGACGAUUAGAUAGAAAAGUAGAGAUUCCUCUUCCUAAUGAACAAGCCAGACUAGAUAUUCUUAAGAUCCAUGCUGCUCCUAUUACUAAAAUGGGAGAAGUAGAUUAUGAAGGAGUUGUCAAACUCUCUGAGGAUUUUAAUGGUGCCGAUCUUAGAAAUGUUUGCACUGAAGCAGGAAUGUUUGCUAUUCGUGCUGAACGUGAUUAUGUUGUUAAUGAAGAUUUCAUGAAGGCUGUUCGUAAAGUGGCUGACACUAAGAAAUUAGAAACCAAACUAGACUAUAAACAAGUUUAA